GAAAAAUGCUAACGUAACGUGUUUGGAUGUAAGAAAGAAGAAAUUUGUCCUUUGGAGGAUGAAGUGAGCAGAGCGCCGUAGCUUCUGUUCUGGUGGCAGCAGAGUGUCGUCGUGGUUUUUGUACGAGGUUUUUUCACUGUGCUGGGCUGGUAUACCACGCUGUGUGAAAGUCCACACAGAGCUGAACAAAAACCUCCCGUCUCCUCUAAAGCCUCUGUCUGAGUCUGGAAAGAUCCAGAACCAUCAGAAAGCAAAGGAACCCAGUGUGUGGAACAGCUCGGUGUCUGUCUGUGGAAGUGGAUUUUGAACAUUUUCAGCUGCUCUGAGGACCAUUGACAGCUCUGAGGUUUUUGUAUGAGGCUGUAACACUGUGGUCCAUUAAUAUUCGGGGAUCCCAUCAAACUCACCGUGACUCCUGAAGAUCAGUCCUUUAUGGAGCCGGCGCUGUUUGUCCUGAGUCCUCUGCAGGGCCCUCCAGGGUUGACAAACACUGUGGGUCCAGAUGUCUGUCUGGCUACUGAUUUCCGUCCACAGACUGGUAAAAUGAAUCUGAGGAUGCAGAACAGAUUAAUGUCUCUGAGAACAAGCAGCGCUGUUUUGUCUCCGGAGCAGAAAACAUACUUCUACGUUGGAUUCAGCAGCCAGAUCGACUCCUGUGAGCUGCAUGGCAUACAGGCUCAGAGACCCCCCGAACUCCACUGUGACAACACACCAAAGGAUGAUCAGGGUCCUCCAGCAGGUGAUGAUCAGAGUCCUCAACCAGGUGAUGGUCAGAGUCCUCGACCAGGUGGUGGUCAGAGUCCUCGACCAGGUGGUGGUCAGAGUCCCCCACCAGGUGGUGGUCAGAGUCCUCGACCAGGUGGUGGUCAGAGUCCUCGACCAGGUGGUGGACAGAGUCCUCGACCAGGUGAUGGUCAGAGUCCUCGACCAGGUGGUGGUCAAAGUCCCCCACCAGGUGGUGGUCAGAGUCCUCGACCAGGUGGUGGUCAGAGUCCUCGACCAGGUCGUGGUCAGAGUCCUCGACCAGGUGGUGGUCAGAGUCCUCGACCAGGUGAGGAACAGAGUCCUCGGUCAGGUGGUGGUCAGAGUCCUCGACCAGGUGGUGGUCAGAGUCCCCCACCAGGUGGUGGUCAGAGUCCUCCACCAGGUGGUGGUCAGAGUCCUCGACCAGGUGGUGAUCAGAGUCCUCGACCAGGUCGUGGUCAGAGUCCUCGACCAGGUGGUGGUCAGAGUCCUCGACCAGGUGAGGAACAGAGUCCUCCACCAGGUGGUGGUCAGAGUCCUCGACCAGGUGGUGGUCAGAGUCCCCCACCAGGUGGUGGUCAGAGUCCUCGACCAGGUGAGGAACAGAGUCCUCGACCAGGUGAUGGUCAGAGUCCUCGACCAGGUGGUGGUCAAAGUCCCCCACCAGGUGGUGGUCAGAGUCCCCGACCAGGUGGUGAACAGAGUCCCCGACCAGGUGAUGGUCAGAGUCCUCGACCAGGUGAUGGUCAGGGUCCCCGACCAGGUGGUGGUCAGAGUCCCCCACCAGGUGGUGGUCAGAGUCCUCCACCAGGUGAUGGUCAGAGUCCUCGACCAGGUGGUGGACAGAGUCCUCGACCAGGUGAGGAACAGAGUCCUCGACCAGGUGAUGGUCAGAGUCCUCGACCACGUGGUGGUCAAAGUCCCCCACCAGGUGGUGGUCAAAGUCCCCCACCAGGUGGUGGUCAGAGUCCCCGACCAGGUGGUGGUCAAAGUCCUCGACCAGGUGGUGGUCAGAGUCCUCGACCAGGUGAGGAACAGAGUCCUCGGUCAGGUGGUGGUCAGAGUCCCCCACCAGGUGGUGGUCAGAGUCCCCCACCAGGUGAUGGUCAGAGUCCUCGACCAGGUGGUGGUCAGAGUCCUCGACCAGGUGGUGGACAGAGUCCUCGACCAGGUGAGGAACAGAGUCCCCGACCAGGUGGUGGUCAGAGUCCCCGACCAGGUGGUGGUCAGAGUCCCCGACCAGGUGGUGAACAGAGUCCCCGACCAGGUGAUGGUCAGAGUCCUCGACCAGGUGAUGGUCAGGGUCCUCGACCAGGUGGUGGUCAGAGUCCCCCACGAGGUGGUGGUCAGAGUCCUCCACCAGGUGAUGGUCAGAGUCCUCGACCAGGUGGUGGACAGAGUCCUCGACCAGGUGAGGAACAGAGUCCUCGACCAGGUGAUGGUCAGAGUCCUCGACCAGAUGGUGGUCAAAGUCCCCCACCAGGUGGUGGUCAGAGUCCCCGACCAGGUGGUGAACAGAGUCCCCGACCAGGUGAUGGUCAGAGUCCCCGACCAGGUGAUGGUCAGGGUCCUCGACCAGGUGAUGAACAGAGUCCUCGACCAGGUGAUGGUCAGAGUCCUCCACCAGGUGAUGGUCAGAGUCCUCCACCAGGUGAUGGUCAGGGUCCUCGACCAGGUGGUGGUCAGAGUCCUCGACCAGGUGAUGAACAGAGUCCUCCACCAGGUGAUGGUCAGAGUCAUCCACCAGGUGAUGGUCAGAGUCCUCCACUAGGUGAUGGUCAGAGUCCUCAACCAGGUGAUGGUCAGGGUCCUCGACUAGAUGAUGGUCAGAGUCCUCCACCAGUUGAUGAACAGAGUCCUCCCCCACGUGAUGGUCAGAGUCCUCCACCAGGUGAUGGUCAGAGUCCUCAACCAGGUGAUGGUCAGGGUCCUCCACCAGGUGAUGGUCAGAGUCCUCCACCAGGUGAUGGCCAGAGUCCUCAACCAGGCGAUGAACAGGGUCCUCCACCAGGUGAUGGUCAGAGUCCUCCACCAGGUGAUGGUCAGAGUCCUCAACCAGGUGAUGGUCAGGGUCCUCCACCAGGUGAUGGUCAGAGUCCUCCACCAGGUGAUGGCCAGAGUCCUCAACCAGGCGAUGAUCAGGGUCCUCCACCAGGUGAUGAUCAGGGUCCUCCACCAGGUGAUGAACAGAGUCCUCAACCAGGUGAUGAUCAAAGUCCUCCACCAGGUGAUGAUCAGAGUCCUCAACCAGGUGAUGGUCAGAUUCUUGAUCAAGUGGACCUCUGUGCCGACCUUCGUCCAGAGAAAGCCAAGCUGAACUUCUACCUGCUGGUGAUGAACGGAGUCAGAGUGGUGUUCACCAAGGCUCUGGCCUUCAGCACCAUCCUCACCAUCAGAGCCCUGCUCUUCUAACAGCCAGCUCAGAGCAGCGCCCCACCAACCAGUGAUGGUCCACCAGUAAGACCAGGACCUAAUCAGACUCAUUGAUUGAUUGAUUGAUUGAUUGAUUGAUCGUGUGAGGGCUGUGGUCACUUCAGAUCAAACUGUUCGAAUCUGAUUUCAUCAGAGGUUGUUUUACUUUUCAAACAUUUAAAAAAGGAUUUUUCUGUUUUUGUCAAACGAUGAUCUGUUGAUCAGACGUGAGACUGUUUCAGUCCUUUGUCUUUUCUUUUUUUUAAAUUUUUCAUCUCUGUAUUUAAUGAUUUUCCUGUACUCGGUCUCUUUUCGAUUAAUUUCACUCAUUUGGGAUCAAAGCUCUUUUUUUCAUUAUCAAAAUUAUUUUAUUAUUAUGUGUGAAGAAUUCAUUUUAUUUUGAAAUCUAAAUAAAAUUGAAGUGAAUUGAA